AUGAAUUAGUUUUAAUCAAUUAGAGAAGGCUAUGAAUAAAUUGGCCAUGAAUAAUAUUACCAAGAAUAUGGCUCUAAUUAUAAAAAUCCUCAUGAAGAUAAAAUAAAAUAGGCCCUUUUGAUGGGCUUGGCAAAAUGGAAACCUAAACUUAUCAAAGUUCUUGAUUUAGCAUGUGGAAGUGGAGAAAUCACUCUGAUUCUCAAAUCUUUGGGAGUCAAAAACAUUGUAGCAAUUGAUCCUUACACUAUGGAAGCAUUCAAGAAAAGAACUGGAGAAGAAUGUCUACCUAUUUCCUUUGAAUAAAUUGCAGAUGGGCAAAUCGGAGAUCAUGAAUAUUCAUUAAUCAUCUGUAGUUACGCCAUGCAUUUGGCUGAUGACUCCUUAUUGCCAGGAUUAUGCAUGUAAUUGGCCAUGAUUUCUAAACAUAUGAUCAUAUUGUCUCCUCAUAAGAGGCCAGUCAUUAAAUGGGGAUGGAAUCAAGUCGAUGAAAUUAUCAAGGAUAAGACUCAUGCUCGUUUUUACACUUCAACAUAUUUAUGA